CGUAAGCCCGUUCUAUAAGUAGAAACACUUUAUUCAACAGGUUAUCUCACAUCUCAUCAGAUUUGAUUCAGAACUACUUUGGCAGAAAAAAGGUAUAUUUUGACAAAAAGACCAAGAAGAAGAAGAAGAAAAUGGGAGGAGGAGCGAAGGAGACAGAUAUUUUCCGCAAUUUUGGCCCCAACCAUCUUACCUCUAUUAAUUGGUUAGACUUCUAUACUCGAACCGCAGUGGUAUCAAGUUUGGUGCAGGGAGUCUACUCAUUGCAACGGGAUAUCCACCAUAAACGAAAAUUCAUAGCCAACCGUUAUUGGGAAUCCUUCGAUUUCUCUUUAGCCGAAACCUUGAUCAACAAAGAUGAUGAUUCCAUAUUCGGUGCCGUUUUUAAGUAUAACGACUAUCAUAAUAAACCUCAUCAUGAAAGACCUCCGCGUUACGUGAUUGCAUUUCGCGGCACGAUGCUAGAAUUAGAAACCUGCUUAUCUGAUAUAAAAGAAGACAUUCGAUGCUUUUUUGACAACUUUAAUAACAGCAGUAGGUUGAAACAAGCCAUACAAGCAAUCGAUUUGGUGCUAAAGAAGUACACUACCGACACAACAUCUGUCUGGCUAGCUGGACACUCUCUAGGAGCGGCCACAGCGCUGUUGGCUGGGAAGACCAUGGCGAAACGUGGAGUCACCCUCAAGACUUACGCAUUCAGCCCGCCCAGUUCGUCUGUUCUUCUAGAGCAAAUAUUUGAUAGCGUUGUGGUUAAAGACAUGCUUCGAUUGGCCGAGAGUUUCAUCAAAGUGAUCGUAGCCAAAUUCGCUGACCUCCAGAUGCAAAAAGACGAUCCAAGAACAGCAGCGUGGACACCUUACAUAUAUGUGAACCCAUCAGAUCUAUUCUGUGCCGAAUACAGUGGUAGUUUGAAAUUCAAAUACUUAAUGGCUGCUAUUAAAUUAGGCAAACUUGAGAGUAUCGCUGCUAAAAUCUCGUUUUGGAGUAUAUUAUUCAGAGAAGAAAGAGAACCUAUCCAACUUUUUUCGUCAGCCCAUAUGACAGUAAACAUGAACGAAUCUGUUCUAGAGACAGAUGAUCAUGGGGUUAAGCAGUUGUGGGAUAAGUUCAAGAAGGCACAUGGAAUUGAGCAAUGGUGGGAGCCAAACCCAUCCCUUCGGAAAUGGGAAAGCUACAGCUUUAGGCCCUCUUAUUAACUAUGUCUGGACAUGGAGCCAACAUUCUCUUAGUAAUGGUUUGGUUAAACACCUUUUCCAUCUAUUCAAAUCGUCAUCCUCGGUUUGUGAACCACUAUCUUCCCUUAUUUGGUUUUGUCAACUUUUCUUUUUGGUGUUCUUGUUCCAGAAUGUUGGAAACGUUUGUUUUAAAAGCUCUUGGAUUAUUUUGUUUUGUCGCCAACCUCUUUGAAUUCAUGCUACUAAAAUGAGAAAUGUUUAAAGUGUUUAUACGUAAAUUAAUAAAUUAUUCUAAGAAAUUA